AUGGAGUCGUUACACAAUGAGCCGUCUCUGUAUCCUACUAAACAAAUCAAAAACUCGAGGAGAAAAACCUAUCACCUUCAAAAUCAUCCCCAUCAAUACCAACACCAGCACCAAGCAGCUCAACUGCCUAAUAUUUUGAGGCAGUCGAGUUGCGGUGCUAUACCUCAUAAAUAUGCACUACCUCCGCCUCAUGUACAGUUGGAGAUGGUGCAUGCACUUGCUGGAGGUGUAUUUUUGAAUCACUUUCCUAACCACUAUUCUCACUCCUCUUUCCCCCCAACAUUAUCCGCUUAUCACCAUCAAAAGAUUCAUCAACAGCCGCCUCUCCUCCCUCUUCCCGUCGUCUCCAAACCCGCUUUCCGCUCUCUCCCUCCUCCUCCGCUUACUCGCAACCACUCUCUCCCUUACUCCCUCCCCAAAAAGCAACCCAACAAAACCAAACUGAAUUCAUCAAAGAAAUCAACAACUCCAACAAAAAACCCGAAAAAAGAGGUUGCUGAUAAAUCUAAGGCCACAACAAAAGGGAUAAUGAAGAACGGAUCAUCAUCCUUAGUUGAGAAUGAUCAGCCGUCUGUGGGGCCAGCUAAAGGGGUGAAACCCGGCCCGGUGAGCACUCCAAAGGAAGCGAGCCGGGUUUUAAAGGCGGUGAAUCAUAAAAAUGGAAUUGUAAAUGAGAAAGAGAAGUAUUUUAGUAAAGCAUCAGCAUCAGUAUUUACUAUAUCUCCUGAAUCUCCUCCGCCAAGCAGCCUGCCUUUGCCUAAGUUUCCAUUAAGGAAGCUGCAGCAAAGUAAGCUUAGCUGCACUGCCGAGGCGGCUGCUGCGGAGGUUGAUCCCGGUGCUACAGACAACCUCUGUCGCAUGCUCAAACUCCGGUGA